CAAAUAACAAUAACAACAAAAUUUUGAAACGAUCGUUAUGGCCACUAAACGUGUCCAACAAUAAAAUUUACUACAAAAUAAAAACAAUAACCUCCAGGUUUUUGUUCAAAAAACAAGCGACCCAAAAAAUUUAUCAGGGGACCCAUUAGUUCAUUUGGGGAACACUGCUCCACUGAAAUGCUAAAAACUUACCGAAAUAAUAUAAAUCGUGGUGUUGAGUUAUGUAAUCGUCUUAGCAGUCUAACAGAAACAUUAAUUACUUGAUAUCAUUAAUUAAUCAUUAUGUCGGAAUUUUAUUUUGUAGGUACAAUUUUUUAAUUUAUUUUGGGAAUUGUUGCUUUGUUCAGUGUCGUGAGAGCUGUGAUCAUUUAUUUAUUUAUCAUAAUCCGGUAAUUUUGAUCAAUUUAUAAUCGUGUAGUGCAUCUUAAAAAAACUUGAGAAAGUCUGGUUUAUAUGUUGGAUAUAAAGCAGACAAUAACUUUAAAACCUUGUUUCAGUUCAAUAUACCUAAUUUAUGUCAUUCAUUAUGCAUUGUAUUUUUUUACACUUGUAUUUAUUUUGUUCAUCACUUAGUUGGUUACCAAAUGUAAGGCUCAAGAUAAGACAGGAUUUCCCAUAUUCAACUUGGUGAAAGCUUAAAGCCUUUAUAAGGGCGUAGCCGGAAUCGUAAUUUUAUACUUGAUAGUGAUAUAAAAUAGACUUAAGGUAUUUUAAUAAAGAUUCAAAGGGCAACAAGUUUGCUUAGCACUCUAUUAAAUAGAAGGAUUACAUAUUCUGAAAUUUUUUAUUUCUGAAGUUAUGCAUCUGAAACAACGAACUGGCUUCAUGCCCAAUAUGGACUGGUAACUGAAUGAGGGUCUUUUUUUCGCCAUAUGAGUAAGCUGUCUUAUGUAUUAUCAACUCUCCUUUUCUCGGGAUAAAUAUAUAAAUCCUAUCCUACUUUGAUAUUCUUAUUUGAUAUCCUUAGUGUUUGAAUCUGGAGUCUAGAUUCUCCAUUACCAGUCAAAUUUCUUUUUAUUGAUAAAUUAAACCCUUAAUAAAUAUUUUUAUUGUUACCGAAUAUUCAUGCAACCAUAUUCUUCUGAUGCUUGUCUAAAUAUGCCACAUUUUUCUAGAUUUACUCUAAACCACUUCCUACUUCCCUAACUUUUCCCUAUUUAACCUUUGAACCAUAAAAUAUGGCUCCCUCUAACAACCAAACUCCUGCCUAUGUUAUUAAGCUUGUGGUACUUGUACUAAUGUCAGCAACUACGACGGCAUAUUUGAUUCUGCUGCGUUGGACAAGGGUGGUUGCUACAGAUAAAUACAUCACAACAAUUGCUGUAGCAUUACAGGAAGUAAUCAAGUUCUUCAUGGCGUUAGUUGUCCUGAUCUGGCAGAAUAGAAGCAUUGUGGGCGCUGUAAGAAUGAUAAAAUCUGAGGCGAUUGACAAACCGUACGAUACAUUAAAGAUGGCAGUUCCUUCGUUCGUUUACGCGUUACAGAAUAAUAUGAUGUACAUUGCACUGAGUAACCUGGAUGUGCCUAUUCAACAAAUCCUCUAUCAACUUAAAAUUCCGGCCACAGCUCUGUGUUCAGUUUUCAUCCUCAGGAGAUCUCUGUCGUAUCAACAAUGGGCGGCUUGUUUCAUGGUCUUUGCAGGUCUAGCCAUGGUAGAAUACAAUCCAGACGGGCCAUAUAAGUCACCUCAGACAACAGCAUCGGAUCAGAAUGUUUUUGUCGGAAUCAGUGCUGUUAUGGUAGCUGUCUUCUGUUCCCCAUUUGCGGGAGUAUAUUUUGAAAAAAUGGUGAAAGAAUCAGACACUUCAAUAUGGGUUCGUAAUUUACAAAUGUACGCUUGGACGACAACGGCCGCAUUUUUGGCCGUGAUCACUAAAGAUCUUGCAACCGUCAGAGAGAAAGGAUUUUUCUUUGCUUAUACUCCCUUGGUCUGGGUUUUGCUUUGUAUUGGUGGUGUCAAUGGUCUUCUUGUGUCACUUGUACUGAAAUAUGCAGAUAAUAUUGUCAAAUGUUUUGCGGCCUCUGUCUCAAUUAUUCUGUCCACGAUUUUGUCAUAUUUUAUCUUUCAAUAUGAAUUUGGUCCUGGCUUUAUAAUAGGAGGUAUGAUUGUAUGCAGUGCAAUAUGUAUCUAUGCCAUUCCUCUGCCUUGUCUGGGUACAAAAUGGACGUCAAGUUCAACUAGCAAAAAAAUUUCUGGUGCGAGUUACGAUAAACUCAGAUCAGCUACUUUGAACACAGAUAACGAUGAGAUUUAAGUGAAAUAAACUGGUUUUUGUUGUAGGCUGUAAGGUCGUGACAAGGCAUUCAAAAUGCGACUCCUGUCACUCUCAGACAAAAACGUUGGCUUAAAAAAUUGUGACUUAGCCCACCUUGAUUUGUAUGC